CGCUUUUUAUCAUUCAUUGCGGAACCUUUUUUAUGUGUUGUCUCCACUCGUUUUCCUUCUUCUUCUUCUUCUUCUUCCUCCUCUUCUUCUUCUUCCGCCUUUGUCCCAUCGCAACAGCAGUGCUUUGUUCAUUGCGCGCGUCUCUCUCUCUCUCGCUCUCUCUUCCGCGUCUCCCGUCGUUCGUUGCUUUCAUCCAAACUGCCAAAAUCACAAAAAUGCAACAAUGCGUGGUUUUUUGUUGUUGUAUUUUUUAGAAUGUUUUUGAUCAGCCGCUCGUUGACUCUACUUACGAAGGGGGAGACGCGUCGUCGCAGGGGGGGGGGGUGGAAAGCAAGGCUGCAUUGCGAACAAGUGCAGAGCAAAGCCGACAGUGGCCCACGACUGCUGCGAGGCGGCGGGUGACUGGGGUGGACGACGGGUGGGCCCGAUUUUGGUUGUACCACCCAAACACAACACAGCACCGUUCACCGCACACCAUUCACGCACUGACCAACAAUGCACUCAACACCCCAAAAGACAAACACAAUGCAAGAACACCAAACACUCACGAAUCAAAAAUUACGGCUCUGCUUGGCGAGAUUUCUCUUUUUGCUUCUUUGCUCAACUAACUUCUCGCUUCUCACAUCACCCGAGCUGAAAGCCAGCCCACAUACUUUGCGGUUGCUGCUGGUCUUCACUGCUCCAUACAUGUCGUCUCACUCGUCUCGCAUUUGUUUUGCUUGCUUGUCACAGGUGAGGGGGGGGGGAAAUGAAGCACGCUCUGAUCACUUUGACAGUUCUGUCGCUCAUGCUCGCGACCGCGAUGGCGCAGGACGAUGGCGAGGUCUGUCCAAGCGAGUGCGAGUGCUACACCGAACGAGGGAACAGGCUGUUUGUGCUCGACUGCAUCGAGACGAUGGAGACGUUUCCCGUCACGACCGGAAAUCUUGUGGAAAUAACCAUUUCGGGCACACAGUUGACCUCGAUUCCGGCCUCCCCGUUUGCGCUGCAAAACCAUGCACGACUUGAAAACAUAAACAUUUAUGACAACCCGCUGUUGACUGUUAUCGAGCCGAACGCUUUCAGUGGAACUGUCGCCUCUUCAAUCUGGUUGACCAAUAAUGCGUUGACGACGCUUCCGCCUGGCCUCUUUAAGGACUUGGUUUCGCUCGAUUCGCUCGACCCUAAUGAGAACUACGUCCAGCUUCAAGGCAAUCUCUUUGAGCACCGGGCUCCCCCAAGCACAUACGGCAGCCCUAGCGAUCCAUUCAAAUGCCACUCUUCGUGCUCUACCUGCUCUGGAUUUGGACCUGGCGCGUGCUGCUCGGACAACUGUCUCUACUGCACUACUGGCUCGGAAUGCACAGAGUGCUACAACGGCUACAUCUUGGCUGACGGCGCGUGCGUGCCGCCGUUCGGCUUCUCCUCUUCGCCGAACGUGGCAUCCACUUUGAGUCCGAACGUGGCGACGUCAUCUGUGCUUUUGCUGUCUUCGCAGAUAGUGUUUCCGUCCGUUGUACCGAGUGCAUCGACCUCGUCGAAUGGCGGAGUCUCUGUCUCUGCUGUCACAAGCUCGCAUCCCACUCAGCCUUCAAGUGCUUUGAUUGCCUCUCCUGCAUCCACCACACCGCUGAUCUCAGCAUCAUCGACGGCAUCCUCUGCCUCGACGUUCACCGCAAUCGGAUCCUCGUCAACAGCUCCCGCUCCAGCGACUUCUUCCGCCUUUACUCAGUCCGCAUCCAUCGUCGCCGCAGCGCCUUCUUCUGAACCUCCGACAUCGUCCGGCACCACUUCUUCGGCUUCCUCUUCUUCUUCUGCACCAAUUCAGCAAAGCCCGCAGACCGAUGCCGCAUCGUCUGCUGUUCCUGCCAUUAUCGGCGCCGUGGUCGGCGUGCUGGUUCUUCUAGCCUUGAUUGCCCUUCUUGCCGUGCGCAGGCGCCGACAACAUCAAGCUCAGGCAAUUGCCGACCGCGCAAACAAGCUCGAACUCGCAUCGCUGCAAAAGAACAAUCUCGCAACACAAGCCGACAGCUCGUACACUGAUUUUUACCGCGCCACUCCCGCUCCGGAGCCGACGUACGCAACCUACGCGCCAACAUCUGCCUCAGAGCCGACCUAUGCGACCUAUGCGCCGACGUCUACCGCAGAGCCGACGUAUGCGACCUACGCUGCUUCUUUCGACGCCGACCAAAACUACGCGACUGUAAACGCUGCCGAGUACGAUGCCCCUGUGCAGCAAUCCUCGCCGAUGUACGAGUCGACUGCUGCUUCAAAUCGCAUCUACCAGUCGUCCGCUGCAGUCACUCAAACUCUGCGGCAAGGCCUUGUGCUCGGCGAAAAGCUUGGUUCCGGUGCAUUCGGCGUGGUCUUUGGAGGUCGUCUGCCUCGCGCGCUCGUGCCGAUGGAUGCGCGGUACCUGCUUCAUGACCCGGCGCAGUCGCAUCUCGAUCUAGCGGUCAAAACCAUCGCUGAAGAUGCCACCGAGCAGUCUCGCGAUGACUUUGUGGAAGAGGCCGGCAUGGUCGCCCAGUUUGACAACCCCAACGUGGUUCGCGCGAUCGCCACCUUGCUGGAGGUGGAGCCGUACCUCUGUUUGCUCGAGCUGAUGCCGUACGGGGAUUUGCGGAGCGUCCUGGAAAAGUCCAAGCUGGCGCACGUCGUUUGGUCAAAGAGCGAGUUUGCGCAUGCGCUGGCCCAAGUGGCGUCGGGUCUAAAGUACCUCGAGUCAAUUCGGUUUGUUCAUCGCGACAUUGCAGCCCGCAACUGCCUUGUGGGCAGGGGUCUGUCUGUCAAGAUUUCCGACUUUGGCUUGACCCGUUCGUUGGCUGAGAACGACGACUACUAUCGCAUGGAGCACCGCGGGCGUUUGCCUGUGAAGUGGAUGGCUCCGGAAUGUCUGAAUUAUCGCACUUUUACGCACCAAAGCGAUGUUUGGGCCUUUGGUGUGCUCGCUUGGGAAGCAUUUUCGUAUGGCGCAACACCGUAUGGCUCGAUUCCCGUCCGUGAUGUCCUUGCGCGUGUCGAAGCCGGAUUGCGUUUGGAACGCCCUGAAGAUUGCUCGGCAGACUUGUUCGCCCAGGUUCAGUCCUGCUGGGAGCUGGAUCCGCUUGCACGUCCCAGGUUUGCACUCUUGAGUGCCUACUUUACACAUCUGUCUGCGGGGCAGCCUAUUCGUGACAUUGGCGCAUUAACACGUCCAGACGAGCGUGAGAAUAUGGUGCUCAGCAGCAGCGCGCCUGUUAGUGCUCAAAGCAAUGUUUGAUCUUGUGGCUAAGGUGCAUUCGAUGCCGCUCUGUUCUGUACCGCGUUGUCCUUUUUCGAAGCUGAGUUGUCUGUUGAAAUGGAGAUUGAAAGAGCAAAGCGGAUCAAAACUUGACGUCAAGCGUGAGCGUGGGCGAUUGCAACUGUGCAUGGACGCUGUUGUGUUUUAUUUCUUUGUAAAAGCUCCAAGCAUGAUCAAUAUUACCAACAUCUCAGCAACUCAG